UGAUAGACCAGUUUAGUCGUCAGUUAAUACUAGCACCUGUGUGGAUUCAUAGACUACGUUUAUCACCGGUUCAAGAAAGAUAACACGGACAAGAAGCAUGUUUAAGCUAAUAGCUACCCUGUCGAUACUCCCCUUACUUUGGCACGUGGGGCUAGCAUCAUCCUGCGUAGAAGAUCGCCAUUUCGGGAAGUUUGGCGAGUCAACUCGCUGUGAAAACGGAUGUUGUGACGACAUGUGCUGCCCGAAAGACAUGGGAGUUAUGCCUAUGAUUGGUCUCAUUGCCGGGUGCAUCAUCGUCAUCGCCAUUGUGAUUGGUGUAGUUAUCGUCUGCGUUAAGAAAUACAACCGACCUGGCCGCGUCAUCACAAUGCAGCCCGAAAAACCGAAAAUCGUUGUGUACCACACCGAUCAGCAAACUGAAGACAACCAGAAACCACCCGCUUAUCCUCCACCUGCCUACAUGGAAAUUCCUGAUAGCAGCAUGGAAAAGAAAGAUGGCCUCCCAGCUGGAAUUUACUAAAUACCGGAAGUGAAAUUUUCACAACUAGAGUGAUUUGCACAAAAAUUGAAUGUGAACUAAUUCGUUUUAACAGUACUCAAAAUGUAGUCUUGUUAAUUAGGUUUUUUUUUUAAAUUUUGAGUGUUAAAAUAGUUUAAUUAAUUAGUGAAAUUCAGUCCGAAAUGACUAAGACGGAAUAUUUAUUUUAAAAUAGGUGUAGCUGUGUAUGUGAUGUUCAUUUAGUGUUGGUUGAAAAUCUAAAAAAAUAAUAAUAAAACUUAAAUAAAAAAAAAUUAAAAGCAUAUGCACUGUAUAUGAGGUUUUUUCUAUUGAAAAAGGUAUGUUUAUAAAAACAUAUAUAUUUCAUACAAGUUAAAUGGCUGACAUAUAACAAAAGAUUUUCGUUGUUGGAAAUUCUGUUGGAAUGCUUAAAAUUCAGUAAAAAGAUACGAAAGAAAUGUACCCUCUGUAAACCACUGGCAGCUUUCAUUCACAGAAGAGGGACAUAUUAUAUAGGCAAGUAGGAGAGUUGUAUGUCAGAACAGAAGAGUUAAUUGUUUAAAAGUAUUCAUUACUGAACUCGUGUCACUUUUUUUUAUUGUUAGGCUAUCGGUCUCCGCUUUGUCACUGUUUAAUGUCUGCGUUUAUAUUCCGAAGGGAAAAAAACAAAAACACGUUUUCCUUGAACGUGGUAACAGCUGAUACGAAGACAAUUCAGAUUUGUUUUCUUUUGUUUGGAUGAAUCUCAUUAUACUAGUUCCGACUUAUAUUUGUGAUCGUGUGUUUGGUCGACGUGAGAUAGAUGUAUGCCAUGUGUGUAUUUGUUUUUAGGUAGGACAUUGUUUGGUACAGAUUAAUGACUUUAUAAAAUAAGCUAAAUAUAUUAUUUUGAUUACACUGUAUUUUUUUUAAUACAUUUUUCAUUUACCCCGAUGUGAUUUACAUUAAGCAUUCAAACUUUAUAUGUUAAUGAUGCCAUGAAGUAUUUAUAGGUAGAUUUUUGACAGUUUUACGUAAACUGGUAAUUUGCUGUGUACAUUAUAUAUUCGGUAUUUUCAUAAAAUACAAUGACUUUUAA